CCAAAAUUCGAAAAAAUCCCCAAUUGAACUCUAUGAGCCCUAACUUUGAUUCCUAAAUGAAGAACCCUAAAUUCAGUCUCUAAAUCCCCAAUUGAGUGCUUCCAUUCGAUUUUAAGCACUAUUUCGACCAGCCUAAGCCCUAUUUCGGUGCUUAGGGUUUAGGUGUUUUCGCGAUUUCGACCCCUCAAGCAGAAGCAAUUGCAGUGCUUCCAUUCUAUUUCGCGAUUUCAACCUUGCUUUCUAAACUUCCUUCUUCUUCACGUCACGAGACAAUGUCGCUAGUGCCGGCUAAUGAUGCAUUUGUUCAGGAUGUUGAUUCCGACGGUGAAGACAUCCGAGAAAGAAAUGAUUUUAACAGAGAGGAAGUUGUAUCUCUGUUUUGCGAUGAGUCUCCCAUCAGGCAUAAUGAUUAUCCUGAGACUGAGUUUGGUGGUGAAGGUGAUGAAGCACAACGAACAGCUAAGAGACGCAACAACGUCCCGAGAGGUAAUGGGAACUUGUAUCUUGGACAAAUUUUCAUGAAUGGUAUUGCAUUCAAAGAGGCUGUCCUCGAUCAUGCUCUUAAAACGGGUCGGAACAUAAAGCAGAAUAGGUGGGAUAAAACCAAGCUUGCCUUCAAUUGUGAAGGCAAAGGCUGUUCUUGGCGCAUCCAUUGCUCCAUUUCGGGACAGUCUGAUUGGUGGCAGGUUUCAGUCUUUGAGGGACCUCAUACAUGUGUUCCUAACGGAGUUUGUACGAUGCUAAAAAUCCCACAAAUUGCUCGUUUGUUUCUUGACAAGAUCACAAUUCACGGCAUCAUAAGAAAAAACCAAAAACGAAUGCUGAAGCAUCAACUCAGGCUGUAGCAUCAUCUCAGGUUGGAGCAUCCUCUCAGGCUGAAUCUUCUCAAGGAGUUCUCACUCAGAUUUGAGUUCGAUGAUGACGACGGCUUUAUGACCAGUUUUAUGGUCUAUUAUUUUGGUAUCUAUUAGGAUCUCUUUAACGAUUUUAUUAUUUUGAAAACAAGUACGAAGCAUCCAGUUGUAUGGUCGUUUGAUACAUUGUAAGACCAGUUAUAUUUCGUCUAUGUUUACUUGCUAUUAUCAUUUUCUCCUCUCAAAUGCGUUU